AUGAUCGAGGCUAGAAACAAAGUGGUGGAAGCAGUAAAACAGAGAAAAGAAAAUAUAGAAAAGUACGGAAAGACUAAAGCAUAUGAAAUUUUCAGAAGAAGAAUUGCUAGACUCAAGAAACCAGUUGCUGUUGUUGCUGCUACUGCAGUGAAAAAGGGCACAUCGAGAGCAGAAAGAAGAAAAUUGAAUCAAAUCAAGGCCAGGGCUGGUAGUAAAGCAGUGGUGGAAGCAAGGAAGUUGGGAAUAAACCCAACCAACCUCAAAAAGAAAAAAAUUCAAAUGGCGUUGAAAAAGUAUCAAAUCAGAUUGAAAAGACAAAGGAUAGCCAGAGUUGCAUUUGAAAAGGAAAAGGCUGCAACCAAUGCAAUCAAGGUGGCUAAAAAAGCUGGAACCGCAAGUGGAAAGGCUAAGAUGCAAACGCAAAGAGCCAGUCUUUCCUCCAGCCUAGCCAUGUUCGAGCUCAAAGACGUCUAUUCCAACAGCACCUUGCUCUCCUCCCACCUUCCUCCAGCCUUGAGCCUCUCCCCCAAGCCUGACUUGAUCCAGGGCAUUCCUGAUGGUAUUACUGCGCUUGUUGCUCCUGUUGCCGCCUACUGGAUCAUGUCCAUCGUCUUUCUCAUCAUCGACACAUACCAGCUAGCUGAGAAGUACAGAAUACACCCUCCAGAGGAAGUCGUCAGCAGAAACAAAGCCUCUUUCAACGAAGUGCUCUUCGAGGUUUUCUGUCAGCAUAUCAUCCAAACCUUCUUUGGCUAUUGUCUUUAUCUCUACGACCCCAAGCCCAUGACAGGCUACGAGGACUUUCAAAUGUGGAGGAUCAAAAGGUCUCUUCCACUUCUACCUUCCUGGCUCAUCUACUUGGUUUACAACUACCUCCUCUCAGGCUUCAAAAUCCUCGUUGCAAUCACCAUUGUCGAUACAUGGCAAUUCUUCUGGCACCGAGCAAUGCAUUUAAACAAGUUUCUUUACAAACACUUCCACUCCCGUCACCAUCGUCUUUAUGUCCCCUAUGCCUUUGGCGCCCUCUAUAAUGCUCCCGUUGAAGGUUUUCUUCUCGAUACUCUAGGCACUGGUAUUGCCGCUAUAUCAACCUUUUUGACCCCAAGAGAGUGUAUCUUCUUAUACACCUUUGCUACAAUGAAAACCGUUGAUGACCAUUGUGGUUACGUCUUGCCUUACGAUCCUUUCCAAAUCAUUUUCCCCAACAAUGCCUUAUACCAUGACAUUCACCACCAACAUUUCGGGAUAAAGACAAACUAUUCUCAACCCUUUUUCAUCUUCUGGGAUCAAUUCUUUAAAACGACUUUUGAAGGUCUUGACGACUAUAAAGAAAAACAAAGACAAAUCACCUUGAACAAAUACAAACAAUUCUUGAAUGAUAGAAAGCUGAAAAAUAAAAAUAGAAAAUCUCAUUACCAAAAGAUUAAACAAAUCGCUACCAAAUUUUAUAACUCAACAAGCGAUGAAGAUGAUUCUGACUCAAAGAAAAAUAUCUAA